GGCUUAAUUGCCGACUUCCGGCGGAACAGCCGGGAAGCAAGAUGGCCGCCUCCAAGCGGGUUCUCUACGUGGGUGGACUGGCGGAGGAGGUGGAUGACAAAGUCCUUCACGCUGCUUUCAUUCCUUUUGGAGAUAUCACAGACAUUCAGAUUCCUCUGGACUAUGAAACAGAAAAACAUCGAGGAUUUGCUUUUGUUGAGUUUGAGUUGGCAGAGGAUGCUGCAGCAGCUAUCGACAACAUGAAUGAAUCUGAACUCUUUGGGCGAACAAUUCGAGUCAAUUUGGCCAAACCAAUGAGAAUUAAGGAAGGUUCUUCCAGACCAGUUUGGUCAGAUGACGAUUGGCUGAAGAAAUUUUCAGGGAAGACUCUUGAAGAGAAUAAAGAGGAUGAAGGGCUAGAGCCGCCCAAAGCAGAAACUCAGGAGGGAGAGCCCAUGGCCAAAAAGGCACGGUCCAAUCCUCAGGUGUACAUGGACAUCAAGAUCGGGAAUAAGCCGGCCGGCCGCAUCCAGAUGCUCUUGCGUUCUGAUGUCGUUCCCAUGACAGCAGAGAACUUCCGCUGCCUGUGCACCCAUGAGAAGGGCUUUGGCUUCAAGGGGAGCAGCUUCCACCGCAUCAUUCCACAGUUCAUGUGUCAGGGCGGCGAUUUCACCAAUCACAACGGCACUGGGGGCAAGUCCAUCUACGGGAAGAAGUUUGAUGAUGAAAACUUUAUCCUCAAACACACAGGACCAGGCCUUCUCUCCAUGGCCAACUCUGGCCCAAACACCAACGGCUCUCAGUUCUUCCUGACAUGUGACAAGACAGACUGGCUGGAUGGCAAGCACGUAGUGUUUGGAGAGGUCACUGAAGGCCUGGAUGUCUUGCGGCAGAUUGAGAAACAAGAGGAGGAGGUCAGUGUUACCAGCCAGCCAAGGUCCCGGAAGCUGACAUAGAGUUCAUGCCGACGGCACACCUGUCGCCCACUGGAGCCAUGGAUGUCAUCUGUGAGGACAAGACAGUGCAAGUUCUUUUCUGGGUCUGACUCUGUGAAGCUACCA